GUUGCAUACUUAUUACACCUGUUUCCUUGUAUCCAAGAUAGCUCCAAAAGAUCUUACCAAUAAAAGAUGACCGAAAGAAAUACCGAAGAGAGCCUUAAUUUUUAAGGUGAGAGCCUCAAAAGCUAUCCCAGUAGCAGAAGAUCACUCCCCAUUCUGGUGUCGAGAACCAAAUGCUUCCGGGCGCACCUCUCCUUCCCACAACCACCAAGAUGAGGCCAUCUUUUGAAUCCACCGCCAAGCAGGCCGCAGAAAAGAGAAUGGCAGAAUCAGUAGAGGCAAAUUCCGAAAAAAUGUCUCCUGGAUGCUGUUGCGAGGAUGCCUGCAUCCUGGACAUGGACUACUUUGUCAAAACAGUCUCGACCAUCAAGGCCAAAGGCGUUCAGCCGGACUUGAUCGGCUCAAUGAUCACGCAUUAUGCUUCCAAGUGGCUUCCCGACCUCGCCGGCGAGCCGGCAGCGAAGAAGAAACCUGACAAUUCUCGGCACAACUCACCAGAAAACCCUAUCUCCUCACUUAUGAGGAAGCGCCUCUUGGUCGAGACCCUUGUGACUUUGCUGCCGCCUGAGGCGGGCUCGGUCCCCUGUGGCUUCUUGCUCAGGUUGCUUCGAAUUGCAAACUUCGUCGGCGUCGAGCCGAUGCACCGAGCAGAGCUGGAGAAGAGGAUCGGGCACCAGCUGGACCAAGCGUCACUUGAGGACCUUCUGAUUCCGGCCUUCAGCCACACAAGUGCCACGCUUCUUGACGUUGGUCUAGUGCUUAGAAUGGUGAAGAGGUUUGUGGCACUAGAGGGGGGCACCAAGAAUACUCCACCAUUGGCAAAGGUGGCUAAGCUCACUGACUGCUAUCUGGCAGAAGCAGCCAUAGAUGCUGGUCUAACAGUCCAAGAAUUUGAGGCAAUGGCCGCUGCGCUGCCGAGCCAUGCUCGCAUUAGUGACGAUGGGUUGUACCGCGCCCUUGAUACUUAUUUGAAAGCCCAUCCUAGCAUGACGAAGAGUGAGAGAAAGAGGAUGUGCAAGUUGAUAGACAGCCGCAAGCUCUCAUUAGAUGCGUGCCUGCACGCGGCGCAGAACGAGCGCCUGCCUGUGAGGAUGGUGAUCCAAGUUCUGCUCUGCGAGCAGGCCAAGUUCAACAGGCGCAUCAGCAGCAGUCCGUCAUUCAAUGGACUCACUUUCAGCCCGGGUCAUGGCUUAGAGGCACCUAGCAGGUGCCAUUCCAAGAGAGAAACUACUGGGAUCUGCGACGGUCGCAUACUACAUUCGGAGAUCCGCAGCGCUAAAGAGGAACUGACAAAGUUGCAGUUGGAGUUCCUGACUAUGAAGAAACAGAUAGAGAAGUUGGCCAAGAAAAGGAGCUUCUUCUUCUUCCCAUGGAGGACUUCUAGAAGAGAAGGUGUCGCCGGCGGUGGUGGUGGCGGCGGUAGCGGUGGGACAAGGAGUAGGAUGGAUGAGAGCAGCAGCAGCUGUGGGGUAGGAGGAGGGUCUGACUUGGAAAUGUAUGUAAACUGCAGCAACGGGACACCCCAAAAGAUGAAUGGUGUCAAGAGUUGCAAGGGGUUGGCUGCCAAAGGCUCCAAAUUUAGGCGUUCGCUCUCCUAGUACCAACCAGUUAGGUGCAGUUUCACAUGCAAUCAAUCAUCGACACACCCGCCCUCUUCUUCCUCUUUUGAAUGGCAACCAAACCCAAGUUAGGCAGACCCCGUGCUUUCAACCUGUGACCUUUUAACAUGCAUGCUUUCUCCUUUUGCAAUUAUUUGCACAUCUGAGAUAAUAAACGAACCCUCUCUCUCUC